AUGGAAGAAGGGUUGUUGAUCAGAGAGGGAGAAGUGAAGAGAGAGAGGCUAACUUGGGGAGUUUUAGGCCAAGAAGUGAAGAGACUGUGCUACAUAGCAGGACCUAUGGUGGCUGUGACUCUCUCCCAGUUCUUGCUCGAAGUUAUAUCCUUGAUGAUGGUUGGACACUUGGGUGAACAUUCACUUUCUAGCUCUGCUCUAGCCAUUUCUUUUUGUAGUGUUACUGGCUUCAGUGUUUUCUUAGGAAUGGCAGGUGCACUGGAAACUCUAUGUGGGCAAGCCUAUGGUGCUCAGCAAUAUCAAAAACUUGGAACUCAGACAUAUACUGCAAUAUUUUGUCUUCUCAUCGUUUGUGUCCCAAUCUCUAUCAUAUGGAUAUACUUGGGAAGAAUACUCACUUUGGUUGGACUAGAUCCUCAGAUUUCAUAUGAAGCCGGAACAUUUGCUACAUGGCUAAUUCCUGCUCUUUUUGGCUAUGCAACUCUUCAGCCACUUGUUCGAUUUUAUCAAAUGCAAAGUCUGACAUUUCCCAUGUUCAUAAGUUCCUGCAUCACAAUUGGUUUCCACAUACUUCUUUCUUGGAUGCUUGUUUACAAGUCUGGAUUGCAGAACCAUGGAGCUGCAUUAGCUAUGGGUGUUUCAAUGUGGUUGAAUGUGAUUAUCCUCGCUUUGUAUAUGACCUACUCUUCCUCCUGUGCAAUAACUCGUGGUCCAAUUUCGAUGGAGGUGUUUCGUGGUGUGAAAGAAUUCUUCCGCUUUGCUAUUCCUUCGGCUUUCAUGGCUUGCCUUGAAUGGUGGUCAUAUGAGCUUCUAAUCUUGUCAUCAGGCCUUCUGCCAAAUCCGCAGCUUGAAACUUCAGUCCUGUGCGUGUGCCUCAGCACCAUUGAGACGCUCUCUGCAAUACCGUAUGGACUUGCUGCUGCAGUAAGCACCAGAGUGUCAAAUGAGUUAGGAGCAGGGAACUCAGAAGAUGCUCGAGUUUCUGUAAUUGGUGGCAUACUUCUUGCCUUCACAGAGACGAUACUAGUGAAUUCAGCCCUCUUUGCUAGCCGGGACAUAUUUGGAUACGUCUUUAGUAGUGACAAGGAAGUUGUGGAUUAUGUCUCAGUUAUGGCUCCUCUUAUUUGUCUAUCUGUUGUAAUGGACAGUUUCCUGGGAACCCUUUCAGGUGCUGCAACAGGAUGUGGCUGGCAGCAUAUAGGAGCAUAUGUCAACCUUGCAUCAUUUUAUGUUGUUGGAACUCCUAUUGCUUUCAUAUUAGGAUUUAUGGUAAAGUUAAGAGGGAAAGGUCUUUGGAUUGGAAUCCUUUGUGGUGCUACCGUGCAAACUUUACUGCUCUCAAUCGUAACAACUUGCACAAAUUGGGAAAAACAGGCAUUGAAGGCAAGGGAGAGGUUGCUCCAGGACCAAGGAAAUAUUGAGAAUAUUCUAGUUUAA